AUGGCGGCGCCACCGCCGGUCUUCAUCUCCACCGCCACAAUCCGCCCUCUCCUCACCCACGCCUCCCUCAUCCGCCACCUCCACUCCACCCUCGCCACCAACAUCCAAUCCCCAGUCCGCCAUUGCCACGAAACAAGCCAAUCCUCCGCCAUCCUCCUCAUGCCGUCCUGGUCUCUCUCCCCUUACCUCCCCUACGUCGGCGUUAAAUUAGUCACUUUCCACCCCAAUAACUCCGCCCUAAACCUCCCCGGAGUGCACGCAAGCUACGCGCUCUUCAGCGCCCUCACCGGCCAAACCUUAGCCACCAUGGACGCCACUGACCUCACCCUCUACCGCACUUCUUGCAUCUCAGCUCUAGCUUCCAAAUUCUUGUCCAGGGAAAACUCCAAAACCCUAGUGAUGGUCGGGGCGGGUUCUUUAGCACCGCAUUUGAUCCGGGCCCACCUGGCCGUUCGGCCGGGGUUAAAAACUGUCAUAAUCUGGAACAGAACCCUUAAAAAGGCACAAAGUUUGGUCGAGAAGUUGCAAAAGGAGAGCGGAUUUGACGGGGUGAUUUUCGAGAGCAAUGGGAGUUUGGAAGAGGUGGUAGGAUUAGGAGAUAUAGUGAGCUGUGCUACAAACUCGGAGACUCCAUUGGUGAAGGGGGGAGAAAUGAAGGAAGGAGCACAUUUGGAUAUGGUGGGAUCGUUUAAGCCAUCUAUGAUGGAGUGUGAUGAUGAGGCUAUUAGGAAGGGGAGAGUGUUUAUAGAUAACGAGGCGGCUUUGGUUGAGGCUGGGGAGUUAGUGGGAGCGUUUGAGAGAGGUGUGAUCACAAGAGAUGAUGUAGUAGGAGAUUUGGUGGAGUUGAUUAAGGGAGAAAAGAGUGGGAGGAAGAGCCAAGAGGAAAUCACUGUGUUCAAAUCAGUUGGGUCUGCUGCUGUGGAUCUUCUCACUGCUCAGUUGGUUUAUGAAACCUGCAUGGAAAGUCAAGUUCAUGUAUGAACUA